AUGAUAAAACUACAGUCUCACAGCGGAUCCUAUACUGUGGGACCAAUGAUAAAACUAGAGUCUCACAACGGAUGCUAUACUGUGGGACCAGUGAUAAAACUAGAGUCUCACAACGGAUGCUAUACUGUGGGACCAAUGAUAAAACUAGAGACUCACAACGGAUCCUAUACUGUGGGACCAAUGAUAAAACUAGAGUCUCACAACGGAUCCUAUACUGUGGGACCAGUGAUAAAACUAGAGUCUCACAACGGAUGCUAUACUGUGGGACCAAUGAUAAAACUAGAGUCUCACAACGGAUCCUAUACUGUGGGACCAAUGAUAAAACUAGAGUCUCACAACGGAUGCUAUACUGUGGGACCAAUGAUAAAACUAGAGUCUCACAACGGAUCCUAUACUGUGGGACCAAUGAUAAAACUAGAGUCUCACAACGGAUCAUAUACUGUGGGACCAAUGAUAAAACUAGAGUCUCACAACGGAUCCUAUACUGUGGGACCAAUGAUAAAACUAGAGUCUCACAACGGAUGCUAUACUGUGGGACCAAUGAUAAAACUAGAGUCUCACAACGGAUCCUAUACUGUGGGACCAAUGAUAAAACUAGAGUCUCACAACGGAUCAUAUACUGUGGGACCAAUGAUAAAACUAGAGUCUCACAACGGAUCCUAUACUGUGGGACUAGUGAUAAUGCAAGAGUCUCACAGCGGAUCCUAUACUAUGGGACCAGUGGUAAUACAAGAGACUCACAGCGGAUCCUAUACUGUGGGUUUUGACCAGUGGUAA